GGGGCCGGGCGGGGGCUGCGGUCGCCCCGCCCCGGGGAGGAGGCAGCGCGACGCCGGGCACGGGGCGCGCUGAACAGGGAGCCUGGCGCUCCCGGCCCCGCCGCCGCUGCCGUCACUAUGCCCGGCAAGUCCCGCUACAACCUGGUGGACGACAGGCACGACCUGCGCGUGCCGCUGCACAAUGAAGACGCCUUCCAACACGGAAUCUGCUUCGAGGCCAAGUACAUUGGAAGCCUUGAUGUGCCUCGGCCAAACAGCAGGGUGGAGAUUGUGACCGCAAUGCGGAGAAUCAGGUAUGAGUUUAAAGCAAAGAACAUCAAGAAGAAGAAAGUGAGUCUCCUGGUGUCAGUGGACGGGGUGAAGGUACUGCUGAAGAAGAAGAAGAAGCUGCCUUCGUUGCAGAAAAGAGAGUGGACCUGGGACGAGAGCAAAAUGCUGGUGAUGCAGGAUCCCAUCUACAGGAUAUUCUACGUGUCCCACGACUCCCAGGACCUGAAGAUCUUCAGCUACAUCGCCAGAGACGGCUCCAGCAACGUCUUCAGGUGUAACGUCUUCAAGUCCAAGAAGAAGAGCCAGGCCAUGCGCAUCGUCCGCACCGUGGGGCAGGCCUUCGAGGUCUGCCACAAGCUGAGCCUGCAGCACACCCAGCAGGACGCGGACGGGCAGGAGGAUGGUGACAGCGAGGACAUGGGUGGCCCAGCCUGUCACCCAGCCAGAGCUGAGAAGGCAGCUGUCCCUGCAGAGGAGACCGAUAUCGACGCAGUGGAGAUCCCUCCACCAGGGAGCAGCACCCUGGAGUUCAGCCGGGGGGUGACGGACCUCGACGCCGUGGGGAAGGACUUGGGGCACUCUCCGGACACCAAGGACUCCCUCCACUCUGAGAGUAUCCUGACUGCAUCGCCCAAGCUGCUGCUCCCCUCCUCCUCCCAGCUGCCGGACCUGGGGACCCCUCUCUCCGCUCAUCACCAAAUGCAGUUUCUCGGGCAGCUUCUGCAGCAACAGACGCAACAGACACAAGUGGCCAUGGCCCAGGUUCACUUGCUGAAGGACCAGCUGGCUGCAGAGGCAGCAGCUCGGCUGGAGGCCCAGGCGCGCGUGCACCAGCUCCUGCUGCAGAACAAGGACAUGCUCCAGCACAUCUCGCUGCUGGUCAGGCAGGUGCAGGAGCUGGAGCUGAAGCUGUCAGGAAGCAAUACCAUAGGCUCCCAGGACAGUCUGCUGGAGAUCACCUACCGCUGCAAUGCCCUGCCGGUGCUGUGCGACCCCACCACCCCGAAGCCUGAGGACCUUCACCUGCCGCUGCUGGGCCCUGGCCCUGACUCCACCCAUGCCCUGAGCAGCCCCAUAGGUAGGAGUGACUGCUUGGUGAAGCUGGAGUACUUCCGCUUCCCCCCAGGCGCUGCGUCACCGUCAGAGCCACUCCUGGGCAGCCUGGAGCUCAUCAAGUUCCGUGAGUCGGGCAUUGCCUCGGAGUACGAGUCCAAUACGGACGAGAGCGAGGAGCGUGACUCGUGGGCCCAGGAGGAGCCACCGCGUCUGCUCAACGUGCGGCACACACAGGGCUUGGGGGACAGCCUGGACGAUGAGAUCGCUGUGUAGGAGGGUGGCUGUCUCUAGACCGAGACAAGGAGGAGAUAGUCCUGGGGAAGGAAGCAGCUGCUGGAGGCCAGGGCUCAGUUCAGUGCUUUAGGCCUGGGUAGGCAGUAAAAGCUCCCUCUCUGCCCCUGUGGCAGGACAAAGUCAGGGCUGCGCUUCCUGCAGCCCACACCAUCCCAGCAGGCUCUCAGAGCUGUAAGUGCAUGUCCUGGCCUUGCUGUGAGAGAGAGAGGAGAUUGAGUGAGCACCCACCCAGCACAGCCACAGAGCACACAGGAGCAGGCACAGGCACAUACCCUCCUACGAUGUGCAGUCACGUCCGCAGGUCCCUCACCGCGCUGCCCCAAGGCUCUGCCAGCCUGGUGUGCCAGCUUCUGCUCUGACCAGACUCCAUAGGCUAUGGCCAGCGAUGUGUGGCUGUACAUCCAUGGCACAGCUUUGUCCUCUGUAAUGGAACUGGGGAUAUUUUCGUUAGCCAUAAAAUCUAUAACCCUUUUCUGAAUCCUACCAAGCUCUUGGACCCAUAACAUCCUGUAGCAAGGAGUUCCACAGGCUCAUUGUCCAUUCUGAGUAAAAAUGAAGAAUUUCCCUUGAUCAGCAUUAGAUUCGUUGCCUUUUAUCAUCAGUGUACCUCCCCUGGUUCUCACUGAGACAGAGCUCCCACCCGCUUUCUUAUCCCAUUCAGUCUUUGACAUGGCCCUGUCAUGUCCCCUCCUAUUCAUCCCAUCUCCAAACAGAGCAGAGUCAGGGGGAAUGGUCACAGGAGCUCAGCGUACGGGUAACUCUGCUCCCAGUGGAGUCGAGCUAUAGAUUUCAGUGAGAGACCACCCAGUCCUUGAAACUCCCCGUCCUCAGAUGGAGCCUCUCGGCAUUGUGGGCACUUGCUUCUGAGCCUCCUUCGAUUCCUGGGGAACCAGACCUGACCUUACUGUUGCAGGUCAGGGAAUGCCCCAUAUCUGUAUAACAGAUCCUAGCUCUCUGAACUCCCCACACGGCCGGUGGCAAUGGAGCAUCUCCCAGCCGGCACUGUAUUCAUGCCCACACACCCCUGGGAGGCAAGGCAGGGCUAUUGCCUGCUGGACAGAUGGGCACUGAGGCACAGAGCUCAAGUCUGUGCAGCACAGGGAAUUGAACCCAAGUCUCCCAGGCAGGUGCCAGCCUUGCUCUCCAUGGCACCGGUUUUGGAGUUGGUCUCCAUCCCAGUCUUGUGCAGCUGUUCUGCACGCUGCUGAGUGACGAGCUGGCACACUCGCUGUUCCAGUCAUGCCCGGGUCGAACCUGAGCCAUUCAGAUCCAUUUCAGCCCCCCGGUGUGAAGGAAUCACAGAUCAGGCAUUACCAUGUUCUUGUCGAGACACUUUCCCCUGCAGUCACUCCAGCCAUUCUCCUCACUCAGCUUGCUGGCCUUCCUAGUCUUGACUAACCUCAGUAUUGUGUCAUCUGCCAGCACACUCUUUCCUUGUCCCCAGCUCCCUAGGGGUGUGCAGUGAGAGCGGGGCGGCAGCAGGAGAUCCCAGCAGCAGAGCAGCUCAGCAGCACUGGCCUCUUCGUAUUUUCUUUUUCCUUAAGUAAAUCCAGGGAAAUGAAAUGCCAAAGCUGAUGUUAAUGCAGUGAUGAAGUCAGGAAAUUCCACAAGUUCAGGGAGCCGAACUCUUCAGUGGCGUGUACCCCCCACUAUCUUGGCGGGGCAAAGUCCCAGGGCUUUUGCUUCACAUUUUGGGCAGAUUGGCUGCUCUGGCUCCCUAGCAGAUAGGCGCCACUUCCUCCUGUUUGCUCUCAAGCUGUCUGGUAAGUUCUCCAGGCUGUGCAGCCUGGCUGGGUCAAUGCUGCGGAGAAGACUGUACUGAUGGGCCUUGCUGUCAUGGGAGUGUUUGUUUGCUGUCCCCAUGAGGCUGUGUUAACAUUUGAUUGGAGGGACAGAGCAGAUUCUCAGGGAAAAGGCUUUGCUCGGAGGGCGCGAAGGCUGAAAGUGCCUGUAGGUGACUCAGUAAAGAUUGGCGAUUUCAGAAAGCAGACGGGAGCAAGUUCGUUAGGAUGGAUUGUCUUGCUGUAGCACCCAGGGCCCCGGACAGGAUCUGGCCCUGUCGUGGCUGCAUUGGCUAUGCCCUCAAGAGGUGGCAGACUGAAAAGAUAGGAAAUUGACAAAAGCGGGUAGACUAGGGCUCCAAAGGCAAGCAAAUGGGUUGGAUGAGGGACUCCAGCAGUGCCUACCCACAGAUCUGUAUUCACUGAUCUAAAAUUGUUUAACCACCCCCUCUUUCCCCUGACCCCUCUCUGGGGCUUGGAGCUACCUCCAGUCGCUGCCUGCUCUCAGCUUUCCCCUGACGAUUCGCUGUGAUGCCAUUAGCACUGACACUAGGGCAGGGCCAUGUGCAACCUUCCCCGCUGGGCCUCCUGACCAUCCCCGGAGUCCUGCGAGCCUUCGGAGUUCAGAGCUGGCUGGAGAGCAGCUUCUCUCUGGAGCCACUAAUAGGGAGAGCACAGUGAGCAGGGGACCUGGGUCUAUCUGCGGGAGGGUGAGUGGUGAGUUCACGGGGCAGUAGCUGGUGGGUUCCAGGCGUGUGUGGCAGUGACACGGGAAGUGGGGGGUGGUGAGUGCAGAGGUGCUAGACAUGAAGGGAGCAGUGGAGUGGGGGAGUGAGGGCAGGGCUUGAGGAGUGGAAUGGAGACAGGAUGGGAACCCUAGACUGGCUAGGAAGAUUCUCCAGGCUCCGAGCAGAGAUGGGCUAGAGCAGGAGAGCAGGGCUCCAGAAGAGCAGCACGGUGAUGGGAAGCAAAGGCUGCUACAUCCUUGCCCCUCCUGGCCCCACCUUGCCUUGCCUCACCCACACUGGGCCCCAGGCAUUGCCUGCGGGGCCCCCCUCUCCUGGCUGCCUCUGCAGAAAGCCCAGGCUCGACAUGCGCAUCAGCUGUGCUUGUUCUGUCUGAGUUACCUGGCGCGUGCAGUGCGAAAUCCAGAGCAUGCAACCCCAGGGCAAGGCCACGGGACAGCGUGUCCCCAGCACUCCAGGUUCACUUACAGCUCUCUCAAGGGCAGCUGUGAACACUUCCCUCCACUCCCAGGGACUGACGCGUCACCAUAACACUGUCGAUCAGCUCACCCACUAGCUACUGGCUGGCUGGAGGAGCCCUUGGCUAAGGGCCAUUCUGCCCAUCUCUGUGCCCAACAUGUGCUGUGUCUUACAGCCAACAGUGAGAGCUGCACUGAGGGGUGGAAGGCAGGACCUAAGGAAAGGCACCAGUCAUGUUGAGGUUUCCUGAGGGUGGUUCUGGCUCUAUUGGAGUAGAUCUAACUGGACUUUUAGACUUGUUUCACCACCAGGACAGAUGGAGCCAAAAUCUCCAAAGAUUCUUCUUCCAAGUGCUCAAUGAAAAUCUGUGAUAAAUCAUGCAGGUUUCUGCAGUCUGGUCAGCUGCCCACGUUCAGAACUCAGGAGGCUGGGGAAUGGAUUCUUCCUCUCUCUUCCCCCGCCGCUCCCACUGCUCGUCUGAUCUCUCUUCCUUUUUGCCUGCACCUUCUGCCUGCUCCUCCUGAGCCCGCCCCCAGCAUCACCUGCCACGGGCAGCAUCCGGUGGCACCUUUGGGGAACUCUAACUGAGCGGGGCCCCUGGCUGUAAGAGCCAUUAUCUCUGGCGCAGGGAGUGUAGAAGCCCCUGAGACCAGGCCUGUGAGCUGCUGUUCUGUGGGGUCAGCACAGUGAGGGGCACUGGGCUGAUGGGCUCCCAGCAGGUGGGGGCUGCAGUCCACCCUAACUGCAAUGCAGGCACGGGGGCCUGGACCACGGUCAUCAGCUGGUGUCUGUGGAGCUGGGGGCAGCCCUAGGUGAGAGGGGCAUUUAGCUGAUGUUGGUGUGUCGAGCUGCAGCGAGGUGUCCAGGAGCGCCCUGGCUGGGGCUGAUUUGACCCACUGGAUGGAGGGAGAGGUGGUGGCAAUGGCUGGGUCUUCCCACCAAUGUCCCCUCCUCUCGCCAGGGCUGGGAUUGGGCCAGGUGCUGUCAUUCAGACAGGCAGGGCAGUGGGGAGGAGGGCCUCCUGGCCAGAUGGGCUUGUGAGGGACUGGGGAGCUGCAAUGGCUGGUGUGGUCCUGCUCAGAGCUCAGUUGGGCUGUUGGGCUGCCGGGCAAGAGGCUGAUCUGGCCUGAUGGGUGGGGUGAGCUUGCACCCGUCCCCUGCAGGCCUGGAAGGGGCAGGUGGGCACUGGCAGAGGGGGUGGGAGGUUGACCAGGCAGAACUUCAGGUGGGAAGGGAUGGGAACACCAGCAGCCUGCCUAGGCCUGUUGCACAGGUAGGAGAUAGGAUGGGGGGCAGGAUGCAGCUGGGAAAGGGAAGAAGAGAGAGAUGAGAGUGCAGGGGGAUAAGGGUA